AUGAAAAGUGUUGUAAUUGAUGCUGAUUUUAUGCGUGGGGUGUGGCGUAGUGGUUUACUUCUUAUUCUUUUUCUUCUUCCUCCUCAGUCUACUUCUUCUUCUUUUUCUUCUUCCUCCUCAGUCUACUUCUUCUUCUUUUUCUUCUUCCUCCUCAGUCUACUUCUUCUUCUUUUUCUUCUUCCUCCUCAGUCUACUUCUUCUUCUUCUUCCUCUUCUUCCUCAGUCUACUUCUUCUUCUUUUUCUUCUUCCUCCUCAGUCUACUUCUUCUUCUUUUUCUUCUUCCUCCUCAGUCUACUUCUUCUUCUUUUUCUUCUUAUUUCUCAGUCUACUUCUUCUUCCUCUUCUUCCCCAGUCUACUUCUUCUUCUUCUUCUUCCUCCUCAGUCUACUUCUUCUUCUUUUUCUUCUUCCUCCUCAGUCUACUUCUUCUUCUUUUUCUUCUUCCUCCUCAGUCUACUUCUUCUUCUUUUUCUUCUUCCUCCUCAGUCUACUUCUUCUUCUUUUUCUUCUUCCUCCUCAGUCUACUUCUUCUUCUUUUUCUUCUUCCUCCUCAGUCUACUUCUUCUUCUUUUUCUUCUUCCUCCUCAGUCUACUUCUUCUUCUUCUUCCUCUUCUUCCUCAGUCUACUUCUUCUUCUUCUUCUUCCUCCUCAGUCUACUUCUUCUUCUUUUUCUUCUUCCUCCUCAGUCUACUUCUUCUUCUUUUCUUCUUCCUCCUCAGUCUACUUCUUCUUCUUUUUCUUCUUCCUCCUCAGUCUACUUCUUCUUCUUUUUUCUUCUUCCUCCUCAGUCUACUUCUUCUUCUUUUCUUCUUCCUCCUCAGUCUACUUCUUCUUCUUUUCUUCUUCCUCCUCAGUCUACUUCUUCUUCCUCUUCUUCCCCAGUCUACUUCUUCUUCUUCUUCUUCCUCCUCAGUCUACUUCUUCUUCUUUUUCUUCUUCCUCCUCAGUCUACUUCUUCUUCUUUUCUUCUUCCUCCUCAGUCUACUUCUUCUUCUUUUCUUCUUCCUCCUCAGUCUACUUCUUCUUCUUUUUCUUCUUCCUCCUCAGUCUCUUCUUCUUCUUUUCUUCUUCCUCCUCAGUCUACUUCUUCUUCUUCUUCCUCUUCUUCCUCAGUCUACUUCUUCUUCUUUUUCUUCUUCCUCCUCAGUCUACUUCUUCUUCUUUUUCUUCUUCCUCCUCAGUCUACUUCUUCUUCUUUUCUUCUUCUUUUCUCAGUCUACUUCUUCUUCCUCUUCUUCCCCAGUCUACUUCUUCUUCUUCUUCUUCCUCCUCAGUCUACUUCUUCUUCUUUUCUUCUUCCUCCUCAGUCUACUUCUUCUUCUUUUUUCUUCUUCCUCCUCAGUCUACUUCUUCUUCUUUUUCUUCUUCCUCCUCAGUCUACUUCUUCUUCUUUUCUUCUUCCUCCUCAGUCUACUUCUUCUUCUUUUCUUCUUCCUCCUCAGUCUACUUCUUCUUCUUUUUCUUCUUCCUCCUCAGUCUACUUCUUCUUCUUCUUCCUCUUCUUCCUCAGUCUACUUCUUCUUCUUUUUUUUCUUCUUCCUCCUCAGUCUACUUCUUCUUCUUUUCUUCUUCCUCCUCAGUCUACUUCUUCUUCUUUUCUUCUUAUUUCUCAGUCUACUUCUUCUUCUUCCUCUUCUUCCCCAGUCUACUUGUUCUUCUUCUUCUUCCUCCUCAGUCUACUUCUUCUUCUUUUUCUUCUUCCUCCUCAGUCUACUUCUUCUUCUUUUUCUUCUUCCUCCUCAGUCUACUUCUUCUUCUUUUUCUUCUUCCUCCUCAGUCUACUUCUUCUUCUUUUUCUUCUUCCUCCUCAGUCUACUUCUUCUUAUUAUUAUUUCUUAGUCUACUUCUUCUUCUUCUUCUUGUAUUUCAUUCCUAUCUCUUUUUUUCCUCCUCAUCCUCUCUUCUUCUUCUUCUUCUUCUCCAUCAUCAUCAUCAUCAUCUUCUUCUUUCUAAUAGCGAUGUAA